UGUUAUUAGUUUUUGCCACUCCAAAGUCAGAGGCUAGGCUUUCUUUCUCGACUCCUAUCCCAGCUCGAAAAAUGUCUGAAAACGGUGUUUCGGAAAAACACAGGGAGGUGAGGGCGUGGCUGGAGCGUAGCUUCGCUGGGGCCGCCAUCGCCCAGUACGAAAUCAACGAACGCACAAUGGAGAUACUGCACGGUCUAAUGUUGAAAAAUCAAGUACGGGACAAAGAUGCCCAGAUCGUCACAGAAGAUGUCCGACAGAAAACCGAAGAAUAUCACACAGAAGCCGUACGUCUUGCUGGUAUACUACAGUCUGUUGGUCUGUCUGCAACGACUCUGUCGCAGUCGGGCAAUGUUAGCCUGAGAACCCUGGCAAGUGUGGCGGGGACCCUUGGAAUCAGAGACGCUUCCACUAGCAGCUAUCUGCUAGCCAUGAUGGAGAUGUCCAAGGUUGCCAUGGAAACAGAGGAGGCAAGACAGCGGGAGAAGAGGCUUAGUGAGCAGCUCUUCACUAAGACAAAGGCAGCACUCAUCAAGUGCAACACACUAAAGAAAGCCCUACAAGCACUGGAAGAACAGGCAGAGUACCAAGGCCCAGAGCUGGAGAAGAAGGCUCAACAAGCAGGGGUCCUGAACAGUAAGGCUAAGGAGUAUCAAGCACAGCUUCAUCAGUUACAGACGCAAUUGGAGGAGAACAAUGUGGAGCCCUCCCUGUACCACCAAAGCCUGGUCAAGCUAUCAGAGGAGCUUACAGCUUUAAAUGCCGAACUCACACCGCUCAAGUCCAAGUUGGACAGCUAUCACAACCUGCCGCCGGAUAUCUCGCUGGCCAAAGUCAGGAUUGAAGAAGCCAAGAGAGAACUGGGGAGAAUGGAGGCUGAAUUGUCCAAGAACAUCGAUAUGAUGCAUAUGUAGACGGAAUAUUUAAUAAUAAGAAAUU